GUGCCCACGCCCUCCACCCCCUCCCCGGGCCUAGGACGCAGGCGCGCGCACGCUCCCCGGGCCGGGUAGUGGGGGGGGGGGAGAAGGAGGGGAAGGGAAGGGAAGGGGGGUUGGGUGUCUACUGUGGUGAGUAGACGGCUGCGGGGCACGGAAGCGCGAGGACCUGGCUGCCGGGCAGGUGAACUCUGCACGGGGUCUAGGGCCCGCGGAGGAUUGGGAACGGAGUCGGCGCGCCUUGGGAGCAGGAGUUGCGCCGCUAAGACCCGGAGGUCCUCAAGGGUGAAGCUCCGGCCUAGGCCCUGCGGAGAUGUCCAGCUGCGGCGCUUGUACCUGCGGAGCCUCCGCCGCCCGACUCAUCGCCUCCUCACUCUCCUCCGCGCAGAGAGGUAUUUCUGGUGGUCGCAUUCAUAUAUCAGUUUUAGGAAGGCUUGGGACAUUUGAAACUCAGAUUCUGCGAAGAACUCCUCUUAGAUCCUUUUCAGAAACACCAGCAUAUUUUGCCUCAAAAGAUGGGAUAAGUAAAGAUGGUUCUGGAGAUGGAAAUAAGAAAUCAGCAAGUGAGGGAAGUAGUAAGAAAUCAGGCUCUGGGAAUUCUGGGAAAGGUGGAAACCAGCUUCGCUGUCCUAAAUGUGGUGACUUGUGCACACAUGUAGAGACCUUUGUGUCAUCUACCCGUUUUGUCAAAUGUGAAAAAUGUCAUCAUUUUUUUGUUGUGCUAUCUGAAGCGGACUCAAAGAAAAGUGUAAUUAAAGAACCUGAAUCAGCAGCAGAAGCUGUAAAGUUGGCAUUCCAACAGAAACCACCGCCUCCCCCUAAGAAGAUUUAUAACUACCUCGACAAGUAUGUUGUUGGCCAGUCAUUUGCUAAGAAGGUGCUUUCAGUUGCUGUGUACAAUCAUUAUAAGAGAAUAUAUAAUAAUAUCCCAGCUAAUCUGAGACAGCAAGCAGAGGUUGAGAAGCAGACAUCAUUAACACCAAGAGAGUUAGAAAUAAGAAGACGGGAGGAUGAGUACAGAUUUACAAAAUUGCUUCAGAUUGCUGGAAUUAGCCCACAUGGUAAUGCUUUAGGAGCAUCAAUGCAGCAACAGGUGAAUCAACAAAUACCUCAGGAAAGACGAGGAGGUGAAGUAUUGGAUUCUUCUCAUGAUGACAUAAAACUUGAAAAAAGUAAUAUUUUGCUGCUUGGACCAACUGGGUCAGGUAAAACCCUGCUGGCACAAACCCUAGCUAAAUGCCUUGAUGUCCCUUUUGCUAUCUGUGACUGUACAACUUUGACUCAGGCUGGAUACGUGGGCGAAGAUAUUGAAUCUGUGAUUGCCAAACUACUCCAAGAUGCCAAUUAUAACGUGGAAAAAGCACAACAAGGAAUUGUCUUUCUGGAUGAAGUAGAUAAGAUUGGCAGUGUGCCAGGCAUUCAUCAAUUACGCGAUGUAGGUGGAGAAGGCGUUCAGCAAGGCUUAUUAAAACUACUAGAGGGCACAAUAGUCAAUGUUCCAGAAAAGAAUUCCCGAAAGCUUCGAGGAGAAACAGUACAAGUUGAUACAACAAACAUCCUGUUUGUUGCAUCUGGUGCUUUCAAUGGUUUAGACAGAAUCAUCAGCAGGAGGAAAAAUGAAAAGUAUCUUGGAUUUGGAACACCAUCUAAUCUGGGGAAAGGCAGAAGGGCUGCAGCUGCUGCAGACCUUGCUAAUCGAAGUGGGGAAUCAAAUACUCACCAAGACAUUGAAGAAAAAGAUCGGUUAUUACGUCAUGUGGAAGCCAGAGAUCUGAUUGAGUUUGGCAUGAUUCCUGAGUUUGUGGGACGGUUGCCUGUGGUGGUUCCAUUGCAUAGCCUAGAUGAGAAAACACUUGUACAAAUACUAACUGAGCCACGAAAUGCUGUUAUUCCUCAGUACCAGGCCUUAUUCAGCAUGGAUAAGUGUGAAUUGAAUGUUACUGAGGACGCUUUAAAAGCUAUAGCCAGAUUGGCACUAGAGCGAAAAACAGGUGCACGAGGCCUUCGGUCCAUAAUGGAAAAGCUGUUACUAGAACCAAUGUUUGAAGUCCCUAAUUCUGAUAUCGUAUGUGUGGAGGUUGACAAAGAAGUAGUAGAAGGAAAAAAGGAACCAGGAUACAUCCGGGCUCCAACGAAAGAAUCCUCUGAAGAGGAGUAUGACUCUGGAGUUGAAGAAGAAGGAUGGCCCCGCCAAGCAGAUGCUGCAAACAGCUAAACUGUAACACUGCUGUCCUGUAUAUACAGCUUUUCCUUCUUUUGUUUAGGAUCAUAACUGUCUCUGCAGUCUGAUAUUAAAGGCAUUGGAUCUAUCUUGGAUAUCAUACAUGGUCAGAGAAGCCUUUAGGAUAAGAAUCAGAUCAUGUAUAUUAUUGUAACAUCACAGUGAUUUAACAGAGGAUGUUAUAUGGACUUUAAUUACACGGUAUUUAGACAUAAAAUGUACAUUAUUUUGGUUCAGUUUUUUAAAAAAUAUACUUUAACAAAAUUCUUAGGAACUCUUUUAGGCAGUGAAGGUAUUACAAAACUGGAUUUUACAAUAAUGUUACUCUACAAAUGGGAAAAUAAAUUCUUUAAAAUGGAAUAUUGAGAUACCAUUCUUUAGUGUUACCUUUUUUACUCACGUGCUUCUGAAAAUAUUGGAAUUUUAUUCAUCUUAAAAAUUGGACCAGGUAGUUUUCAAGUAGUUAAAAAUUUCAUUGAAAAAUACCCUGAAGAACUAUAUUUUGAUAAUUGAUCAUUGGUUUAGCUGUAUUCCUUGUCUUCUUAUCUGCUAAUGCAUGACACUAACUUCCCAAAUGGUUCUGUAAAAAAGGCCAUUUUCUUACCAACUUGUCUGAUUUAUUUACCAUCUUUUUUUUUUUUGUUUUGAGACAGAGUUUUGCUCUUGUUACCCAGGCUGGAGUGCAAUGGCGCGAUCUCGGCUUACCGCAACCUCCGCCUCCUGGGUUCAGGCAAUUCUCCUGCCUCAGCCUUCUGAGUAGCUGGGGUUAGAGGCACGCGCCACCAUGCCCAGCUAAUUUUUUGUAUUUUUAGUAGAGACGGGGUUUCACCAUGUUGACCAGGAUGGUCUCGAUCUCUUGACCUUGUGAUCCACCCGCCUCGAACUCCCAAAGUGCUGGGAUUACAGGCUUGAGCUAUCGCGCCUGGCCUAUUUACCAUCUUUUUUAAAGACAGAGUCUCGCUAUGUCCCAGGUUGGAGUACAGUGGCUUGAUCUCUGCUCACUGCAACCUCCAUCUCCUGAGUUCAAAUGAUGCUUCUGCCUCAGCCUUCGGGAUUGCAGGCAUGCACUACCCUGCUCAGCUAAUUUUUGUAUUUUUAGUAGAGGCAGAGUUUCACCUUGUUGGCCAGGCAGGUCUCGAACUCCUGACCUUGAGAUCUGCCAGCCUCGGCCUCCUAAAGUGCUGGGAUUUCAGGCGUAAGCCACCGCACCUGGCCUUAUUUACCAUCUUUAUUACAUUUUAGUGCUCUGGGUGAGUACAUGGAAUUGAAGUCUGCCUUAAAUCUUCAGAAAGAUACAUACCUAUUUUAUUUUAUUUCUUCGAAACAGAGUCUUGCUCUGAUUGUGCCAGGCUGUAGUGCAGUGGCACAAUCUCAACUCACUGCAACCUCUGCCUCCCAGAUUCAAGCAGUUCUCAUGCCUCAGCCUCCUAAAUAGCAGGGACUACAGGUGCGUACCAUUACAGCUGGCUACUUUUUUUAAUUUGUAGCAGAGACGGAGUUUCGCCAUGUUGCCCAGGCUGGUCUUUUAACUCCUGAGCUCAGGCAAUACAGCCACCUUGGCCUCCAGAAGUGCUAGGAUUAUAGGCAUGAGUCACCACAUCCAGCCAGGAAGAUACAUAUCUAAUUCUAUAAAUAGCAUGCAGUAUCAAUCAUGGUAACAGCCAUGUGCUGACCUAAAUAAAAUUUCCUGAUAUUGUGUACUUAACCUGAAGUACUGAACUAGUUUUUUGUUUGUUUGUUUUGCUUUUUGGUGCUGAACAUUGGUCUAAUUCUUUGGCUUCUUAGAAUGUUAAUGUCUGUUUUGCUAUCAGCCAAAGUAAAUAUGUUCACACUAACAUAUAAGUUAAUAACCUUCAUUAUACAACAAAGCUAAAAAGUGGUGGGAUAUUUGGGGUCUUAAUGAAAAUUGUAUCAUUUCCAUAAAUACUAAAAUAUGUGGGUACCUUUUAAGCUUUUUUUCUUUCCUUCUAUAAUGGUGAUACAAGUUAUAUAUUCAUUCAGUUUAAUCUCAUUUGAAAUUGUUUAAAUCAGAGUACAUGUAAAUAUACUUUUUUUGUUUACAGCUUCUUGUACUUUCCUUUUACACAGUUUUUCUUAGGGAAAAACUUAAGCUAUUAGGAAAUUCUAAAUCUUGUUGAUGAAGAGUUGGGCUUUCUAUGAUAGAAUAAAAGGGAUAUAAGGUAUUUAUGGCUGGGAUAGGAUCUGAAAUGCACUUUGUGUUAUAGUGUGUUAAGGCUGGUUGCUAUAGUAUGGAACAGAAACACCUCUCCUCCUUGGUCUCCCUAGUAAUGGUUUGAGUUCUCCCCAGGAAGUCUUACAUAUUAUAAGUAUGUUCAUGACCUUUCCCUUAUAGCAUCAUUUUCCUUUUUGUAGAGUGGAAAUCAGAGUAGCUGCUAAACAUAUUAAGAGUAAUCCUCCAGAAACGGACUGGGAGGCAUUUUCAUCACAACAACUUACAUUUGGCUUUGGAAGUUGUUAACAAAGCAUAAUCAAUGUUUUUAAAUCAAACAGAAUUUGUAUCUUGGAACUUACAUUUUGACAUUUGAAUAAAACAACGAGACUAAAUAAAUGAAA